AUGGGCAACACACACUCGGUUGAAUCGACACAUCACUCCAGCACCUACGGUAACUCCAGUAAGAGAUCUCCUCAGAAGCUGUCAAAACCGAGAGUCGGAAACCAUGUCUCGACCCCACCCUCACAAGCAGCUGGCCUGUUAGGCAGCCAUGAUCGCACCGCAUCCUUCAGCCUCCCACCAUCUCGGUCGAAUUCUCGUCUAGUGUCCCAAACACAUUUGCCCAGGCCUUCAACAUCAAAUGGAGUACAAACAAACACGACUCCCCCAACCCAAACUAUUCCUCCUGUACCACCAGUGCCCGAAGAUAGUCCAGAACCAUCAACAAGGGAUUGGAAGCGUAGAGCCAGCCUGUUCCGUUCCAAGAGUUCCCAAGAUUCCCGGCGGAAAGACAAAAGAAGACAGACGAUUAUGGUAAACCCAGAGAUAAGCGACAGGAUGUCAAGGGCAAACUCCAUGACUUGGGAGUCUCAGAAGGACAUGGACCAGGCAAGACAGUUGCAGGUGGACAGCUGGCUCGUUCCUGGCAACCGACAGUCCAUUAAUUACAACCUAAUGUCAUACGAGUCGAGACGGUUACUCAAUCUGAACGAAGAACUCACAGCCUGCGAGGAAAGCUCAAUCAUGUCUGAGAGUCACUUUGAGGUUUCGCGUUUUCAGAUUUCGCCCAGCACAUGGAAGAGUUCUCACCCUCUUCACCCUCAACCCGCGAGCGCGCAGAUUACCAGAGCCAACUCCGACGUGUCUCUCUACGCCCCAGUGCGGCGGCGUUCAAUGGUGCUAACCCCAGGCCUUGCAACUCGCAUUCCUUCGGCAGCGGACUAUUCAUCUUCGAGGAGAUCAAGCUUUCGGCGCAGCAUGCCAGCUACACCGGCGUUUGGGCAGUCAAGAUUGAACUCAAUUGAGUCAAGCCUCAACCCCCCUGCGCUUUUCGAUGAGUUUGUUGCCGAACAAGAUCUCCCAGAGCUUCUUCACCCGCCUGUUAAAGAGCCCAUUGAACGCGCUCUGACACCUUCCGAUAUGGACUAUCGGCCACUUGGCGCGAUGAAGUUCGGAUCUUUGCGUAUUACAAACGGGGCGGCCAGCCCCCUUCCCAGUCCGGAUUUGGAACCGCCGGCAGAACAAAAGACAUUGGCCGAACAACUUACGAACCCUGAAUAUGCCGUGCCGGAGGAUUCGAUGGACGAAGACGACCGUGGCCGCAAGGACCUUGAGGGCACUGUGUUGUUAGUGCAGUCAAGCGCUGUUCUCGAGGUUCACAGUCCGAGGACGACGUCUUUGCUGGGGACGGAGAUGGCCAGGUCAGGGCCAAAUUCGCCACUGAGCCCCGUACUGAAGGUUGCAUCAAAGCAUACAGCAAUGGAAGACGAGCUGUUUGAGGACGAUAUGCAAACCGAAUACUCGGCCGAGAUUCUAUCCGUUAGAAACGACCCAAAUGCGAAACCAUCCAUCGAGCAACUGCAAGCGGACCAAUCCCAGAGACAGUCGCGAGGCGUUGCUCGUGCUGACAGCGGCGUUGUUACCAGUCCAACGAGCGAAUACCAGCCCAAGCCCCUUUCAAAGGCUGAUUCCGGCUACAGUUCGAAUGUCUCACUGAGGUCGUUUCAUGCCAAGAAAACUGCCCUCGGAAAGGGCAAAAAUGCUAAUACCGCAUUGGAUGAAUCAGACGAUGAGAAAUCUGACUCUAGUUUAUCUCCUAUUGUCGCUCUUCCGGCAACCAGCCAUAUUAAUAUCGACGAUGUUGCAAUUGCUGGUGCUGGUUCUGCACCCUCCACACUCCCAUCUCAGCCCGCGAAAUCCGAUCAACCUUCGCCAAACAGUACCGCGAUGGCUGUUACAUCGCCAAGGUCGUUCUUCAACCUGAGCGCCGCCAAUGCUUUCCGCAGGGAUCGCAAAACUCCUGUGGUCCUGGAUGGUACUAAAGUUCCCCAAAAUGGACCCACCUCUCCGGAGUCCACUCCCUCGAGCGGCGCCGGUUCUGACAAGUCGAACUCGGUCCUCGCUAUUGGAAGCGGGUCUCAACGAGCGAGCAAGUUCCAACGGUUUCUCACCGGUUCGGGUAUGCGAGGUCCACCCGCUGUUCACACCACCCAUCCUGCCGAUGAUACCAUACCUACUGUGCCCUCGACUGUUAAGACAAAACUAGAGGAACAUUCUGGUAGAUUCCCAACGUCGACUAAGCGACUGACUCUACGUACCCAGGCGAGCAAGGACACCUUGAAGACGAUUUUUAGCGUUGGCAGCACCGAUGCUACCCAAAUGGAGGACUGCCGAGAUUCUUCUCCUGUGGCAGAACGAACGCUUAUCACGAGGAAACCGGUUGCGCAGACAGCCGAAGAAGUGGAUGAGCCCAAGACGCCACGUCGCCGCCAUUUCCAGUCGGUGCCUUCCUCAAUUGCACAAGCGGCAGCCUCGGUAAUGCCUAGACGUUCGAUCCAUCGGAAACCGGUCCCUUCCACCAACGCGGAGAAGGACGAGUCCGUGAGCGAGAGCGUCGGUAGGAGUCUUUUGGACCAACCUAUCACCACCAUGUCCCAUCAAGACGAAUCUCACAAGCCGGCCAGUCGGACGUUCACAAUGACUGCGCAAAUGGAACGCAACAUGGGCAUACAUCUUCAGGCGCAAGAGCUGAUGCCCAUGCCAGGCGAUGGUGCCUUUAUUUCCUCGCCUCACAGCCAACACUUCCCGGAGUUGUCCAGUAAGAAGAAAACGUCACCGCCAGUGAGUUUGUACACCCGUAGCGGGAAGACCUUUCGCAAGCAGGCUCCAGUUCGCCCACAUUCUGCGUCAUCUAGUGAGCCUCAACUCAGACGGCAGAGCUUGUCCAGGCAGAGCAGCCGUGAGACAAUCCACAGCUACCCGUCAGCUUCACCAUUGGCAGUCGGCAAUGCGCUUGCCGUGCCCCCAAUCCCGCCGAUGAGCCCACGGCGGUACUCAAUGCUGGACCAGCAGUCUACGAUUCAACACCGAGCGCCUGAAGAGAGGUGGCGCCCUAUUAGCCGCCCCGGCUUUGAACCUAGUCAGAACGUCCGCCCUGCCAUACGUAGCCUGCCAACCGCAUCUUCCACAGCUCAACCCACACGCCAACUCCGCCACCGAGCAAGCUAUGACGGCUUCUCCCCGCAGUAUCGUGGGCCAGUAGCCCAAGGACGCCCUUCUGUUGGUCAGCCCGUCAACCAAUACGGUACCUAUUACCAACAAUUGGUAAGAAUUGAGCAGCAGCAGCGGGAGAAGGAGGAGCGAGAACAACACCAGCGGGAACAGCAGGAUUACUUCUCACCCGACAGCAUCCAACCAGGCCUCACCCGUAGUCGGAGUCGCAGCCGCAGUGUCCACGCACACGGCAACCCUCCCUAUCGUGUGCUGCACAGCUACAACUCGCCUGCCUACCGCAACGUGCCGAUUUGGGGCUGA